GUGGGAGGAUCACUGAGCAAUUGUAUACAAUGCGUUGUGUCGUAUCUCUUGAUUCAUUGCUAAUUAACAAUUAACAAUUGGAAAUUUUUUUAUAAAUAUUACUGGUGAUUCAUCUGUUGUUAUUUAGUAGUUUGUCACUAAUUGUUUAGUGAAUCCAAGUAGCAAUGAAAUUUUAAGUUUUGGUUAAUGUAUGUUCAACGAUAUAAACACAGACAACUGUAGUUUGAACUUUUCCAAAAUGUGUCCUGCAUUAUUGGAGAACGAAGAAAGAUGUUUUGGGGGGAUGACGUUUUUUGCUCAAAGUCAUCCAGCAGAACUGUGCGGGAGUAAUGGCUUGCCACUGACUCCAAAUUCAAUAACAAUACUUGGAAAAUCACAAUUUUUGAAAACCAUCAAUCAUCCGAAUUUAUCUACAUAUAUGGACAUUAUUCGCAGUAAACAUGAGAGAACUAUUGUGGUGGCAGAGUACAAAGGAGAACCACUAAUUUCAAAAGAGAAUUUAUCUGUUAAUGAUGUGGUUAAAAUUACUUACCAAUGUUUAGUUGGUUUGAAAUAUAUGAAUGAUCUCAAUUUGGUUCAUAGUCAUCUCAGUCCUGACAAUAUUCUCAUCGACAAGCAUGGCAACGUUCAACUUUAUAACUUUGGCUUGUACUAUAUGACUGACUAUGGGAAAAAUGUAUCAUUUCCUAUUGGGUACCCUAAGUACACAGCACCAGAAGUUUUUUUAAGUAACAGUAUGAGAAGUGUCAAAGUAGAUUCAUGGUCAUUAGGUAUCAUAAUAGCAGAGAGAUUACUUGGGAGAACUCUCUGGCCAGGUGUAAAAUUAUCUCAAUGUCUGAAAAAAGUUUUGAGCUUGAUUUACACUGAAAACAGUGUGUUUGAAAGAUUAGCACAUGAAAAUAGCUGCUACAAUGUCUAUGAGGAACUGCCUCAGGAUGUUAAAAGUUUUGUAAAUGACUGUUUGCAAAUACAUCCAUCGCAGCGUAAAACACCAGAAGAACUUCUAAAUUUACCUAUAUUCGAAGACUUUUUGAAGAAAGAUGCAAAAGAAAAAGAAGAUAGCUUGUAUGAAAAUAUUAUCAGUAGACAGAUGGAUGAACUUUAUUAUUUAUGGCAACUGGCUGGAGGAGAUAUUUCAAUGGAAUUAAAAAAACAAGGACUGAUCAGAUCAAGACCUCCUAUCUUAUCACUUCCAAACCUUGUGAUAUUAUUAGGCCAGAUGUUUGGUCGUCGUGAUACAGCUGGACUAUUAGAUCUGAAGGUUGUUAAAGUUCCACUGGAUGUGCUAAGUCAAAGACUGUCACAUAUUCCUUAUGUAGCAAACUAUCCUAGACUGACAAGCCAAAUGCAUGUUCAAGAACAAGACGAUUUAACAGAAUCUUCAUCUCAACUUCCACUCAUCAUAAGAGAAAGGGAUACCGAAUAUCAAUUUUAUAGGCUUGUUCUGUAUUCUAGAUUACUACAAAUAUAUCCAAUAACAAAAGAUGCGAUUGUACGUGAGGCUCACAAAGAUAUACCACCACCAGUUCGAGGCGCAGUAUGGGCUGCUCUGCUGGGCAUUACAGGAGACAUACAGAAAAAAUACGACAUGAUUGACAAAGAAACACCUACUCACACUGAUAGACAAAUUGAAGUUGAUAUUCCAAGAUGUCAUCAGUAUAGUGAACUUCUGUCGUCUGGUGCUGGACAUGAAAGACUGCAAAGAUUAUUAAAAGCUUGGGUUAGAGAUAACCCGCAUUAUGUUUAUUGGCAAGGACUCGACUCCCUAACUGCUCCGUUUUUAUUUCUGAAUUUUAACGACGAAGCUCGAGCUUUCGCUUGUUUAUCAGCUUUCAUUCCAAAGUAUCUUCAUAAAUUUUUCUUGAAAGACAAUUCUGCCGUUAUACAAGAGUAUCUAGGGAAGUUUUCGGAAAUCAUUGCAUUCCAUGAUCCACAGUUAGCGAAUCAUUUGAAAUCAAUCAACUUUGUUCCAGAACUGUUUGCUAUUCCUUGGUUUUUGACUAUGUUUUCACAUGUAUUUCCAAUUCACAAAAUUUUACAUCUAUGGGAUAAGCUUCUGCUAGGCGACUCGUCUUUUCCACUCUUUGUUGGUCUGGCAAUUCUGAAACAACUAAGAGAUUCUCUACUGACAUCCGGAUUCAAUGAGUGUAUACUUUUAUUUUCCGACCUCCCGGAAAUAGACAUUGAACAGUGCGUCAAAGACUCGAUGUCGAUGUACCAGAAAACUCCAGCGAGUAUCACCUAUCGCCGUCAUCAGUAUAAUCAGUCAAAGGCUACCAGUUGGUCAGAGCCAGAACCUGGCACGGAAAAAAUGACUCGUAUCAGCGUAGAUGAUUAUCUGGAGUUACUGGAUACUGCACCCGGUAAAAUUAUUACUGUUGAUAUUCGUAACGUCAUGCAAUUCGAGAGAGGUGCAGUAGCAGGUAGCAUUAACAUUCCAUUCACCAACGUCCAAUUGUCUCAAGUUCAAGUUACAACGCUCGGACCACAAGCAGCACCAUUAGCUGAGAAUAAAGACAAAAUUGUUGUUAUUAUUGGUCCCAAUGAUCAGCACAACGCUCUAUUUGCUGAUUUCCUGGUAAGCUGUCAAGUAUUCGGCGUCUGCUCGGUACAAGGUGGAAUCUACGCUCUACGCUCAAAGGCUCCGAACAUAUUAAUCCCAGCGCGCUAAUUUUGUUAAUUGCUCGUUCAAUCAGUUGUAAAGAAUUGUAUACUUGCAUAUACAUAGCAUAAUUACUCAACGACGAAUCGUGUGCAUAAUAUAUCGUGUGCAGAGAUCAAUUUGUGAUAAAAACUGAAAAUAUAUAUAUUUAUACACUUUACAUACAAGCAGCUUUUCUUCUGAUUUUCUACGUAAUUGGAGCCCCUGCGAUUUGAAUCUCCCGGCAAUCGCCGUUUCGUUACGACCUUUUACUUGCGUUGCCAUGCCAACGUAAUGCAAAACAGCACGCGCGCCUACUUUACUCUCUCACUCACUCUCUUUCUCUCUUUCGCUGUCUCCC